UCAACAAAAACAACGCGCAUAGUAUUUUUGCAUAGAGAAUCCCUACAAGCGCGCCCUCCACGACUGACUAUUUCUCUCUCUCGCUAUUUGUUUCUGUCAGUCAAAAACACAAACACAUACAGUGAUUUGUUAAUUUCCUCUCCGUUUUUUCUCAAUGAAUCCAUAGACAAAAACCCACAAAACGACGACGACGAAGAAGAAGAAGAAGAAGAAUCUACAAGUACACGAUGUCGAUGAUGAGUGUACAGGCGAGUGAAGCCACGCGUCAGAGGCAGCGACUAUGGGACGGAGUGUUGGAGUUGACGAAAUCGGCACAGGAAAAGAACAGCGACCCGCUGCUUUGGGCGGUGCAGCUAAGCACGAGCCUGAGCUCGGCCGGAGUGGUCCUGCCGUCGGUGGAGUUGGCUCACUUGUUGGUCUCUCACAUCUGCUUCGCUAAUCACGUGCCUGUCACGUGGAAGUUCCUCGAGAAAGCUUUGACUGUUAAGAUCGCUCCUCCUAUGCUUGUUCUCUCUCUCCUCUCCACCAGGGUCAUUCCAAAUCGGCAGCACCAGCCUGGAGCAUACAGACUAUAUAUGGAACUCCUCAAGCGACAUGCGUUGUCAUUUGCAUCUCAAAUCCGUGGUCCAAAUUAUCAUAAGAUCAUGAAAUCCAUUGAUGACGUUCUUCAUCUUUCCCAGAUAUAUGGCCUUCAAGUGUCUGAACCUGGGGUAAUUCUUGUUGAAUUUGUCUUUUCAAUUGUAUGGCAGUUACUUGAUGCAUCUUUGGAUGAUGAAGGGUUGUUGGAACUUACCCCAGACAAGAAGUCUAGAUGGCCAACGAGGUCCCAAGAUAUGGAAAUAGAUGGUCAUGAUGGCUUUAGUGAGAAGAGAAUAGAGCACAAUGAAGGACUGCAGAAAGUAAAUACCGUAAUGGCUAUUGAGAUAAUUGGAGAGUUUUUCCAAAACAAAGUGACUUCAAGGAUUCUUUACUUGGCACGUCGAAACAUGCCAUCACAUUGGGGAGGUUUCAUUCAGCGACUGCAACUGCUUUCCGUAAAAUCAGUGGUCUUGAGGAAUUCAAAACACAUAACUCCAGAGACCCUUCUGCAGUUGACGUCUGACACACGUCGACUUCUAUCUAGAGAAUGCAAAACAAUGUCGGGGCAAGAGUUUCAUGCAGUUAUGGCUUCUGGGUCUCUGAUAUCUUCUGCUAAUCAAGUUCAUGGAACUAGUUUGUCUGCCCUUUGGCUCCCCAUUGAUUUGUUUUUGGAAGAUGCUAUGGAUGGAUCACAAGUGGCAGCAACUAGUGCUGUUGAAACUCUUACUGGUUUAGUAAAGGCUCUGCAGGCUGUUAAUGGUACCACAUGGCACAACACAUUUUUAGGUUUAUGGAUUGCAGCUCUUCGGCUAGUGCAAAGGGAGAGGGAUUCAAGUGAGGGUCCUGUGCCUCGCCUAGAUACAUGUUUGUGCAUGUUAUUGUCUGUUACGACACUUGCGGUUGCUAAUAUUAUUGAGGAAGAGGAAUGUGAACUUAUUGAUGAAAGUGAACUCAGCCCUACCAAUCAAAGGAUAGAAAAACAGCCUCAGGGAAAACGGUGCAAGGAGUUAGUUACCAGCUUGCAGUUAUUGAGCGAUUAUGAUGGUUUGUUGACACCCCCUCAGUAUGCUGUUUCAGUAGCCAAUCAGGCUGCUGCCAAAGCAAUAAUGUUCAUUUCAAACCUUCCAGUCAGUAAUGGACACUAUGAAUGUGUGAGCGUAACUGACAUGCCAAUGAACUGUUCUGGAAACAUGCGACAUCUGAUUGUUGAGUCAUUAAUCGCAAGGAAUCUACUGGACACAUCGGCAUAUUACUGGCCAGGCUAUGUCAAUGCACGUAGCAACCAAGUUCCUCGUAGUAUUCCUGGUCAAGUAUCUGGUUGGUCAUCAUUGAUGAAGGGUUCCCCUCUAACUCCACCAUUGGUAAAUGCUUUGGUUGCCACUCCAGCUUCUAGCUUAGCAGAAAUCGAGAAAAUAUUUGAAAUUGCGGUCAAUGGUUCAGAUGAUGAGAAGAUAUCUGCCGCUACCAUUCUUUGUGGGGCGUCUCUAAUUCGUGGUUGGAAUGUACAGGAGCACGUCAUUAUUUUUAUUACAAGCCUGCUAUCGCCUCCAGUUCCUGCUGACUACUCUGGCAGUGAUAGCCAUUUGAUCAUCUGUGCUCCAUUUUUGAAUGUCCUUCUUAUUGGAAUAUCAAAUGUGGAUUGUGUUCAGAUUUUCUCCUUACAUGGCUUGGUUCCAUUGCUUGCAGGUGCAUUGAUGCCCAUCUGUGAGGUUUUUGGGUCUUGUGUACCGAUUGCGCCAUGGACUCUUACAACAGGUGAAGAACUCUCUUGUCAUGCAGUGUUCUGCAAUGCAUUUACACUUCUGCUGAAGUUAUGGAGGUUUAAUCAUCCACCUCUUGAGCAUGUGAUGGGAGAUGCGCCACCAGUGGGAUCCCAGCUAUGUCCUGAAUAUCUCUUAUUGGUUCGGAACUCACGAUUGUCUUCCUUUGGAAGAUUACCCAGGGAUCGGAUGAAAACCAGAAGACUCUCUAGAUUAAUAACUUUUUCUGUAGAACCUAUAUUUAUGGAAACCUUUCCAAAAUUAAAGCGCUGGUACCAGCAGCAUCAAGAAUGUAUUGCUUCCACCCUCUCUGGUCUUGUCCUUGGGACUCCUGUUCAUCAGAUAGUUGAUGCACUACUGAGUAUGAUGUUUCGAAAAAUAAAUAGAGGUGGUCAGCCUUUAACUCCUUCAGCUUCAGGAAGCAGCAAUUCAUCAGUAUCUGGAACUGAAGAUGCCUCGAUUAGACUCCAAGUGCCUGCAUGGGAUAUUCUGGAGGCAACUCCCUUUGUACUUGAUGCUGCUCUUACAGCAUGUGCCCAUGGAAGAGUCUCUCCCCGUGAACUUGCUACAGGACUCAAAGAUCUUGCUGAUUUUCUUCCGGCAACGUUGGCCACCAUUAUGAGCUACUUUUCAGCUGAAGUAACGCGGGGCAUAUGGAAGCCAGCUUUUAUGAAUGGAACUGAUUGGCCAAGCCCUGCUGCGAAUUUGUCUACUGUUGAGCAACAGAUUAAGAAAAUCUUAGCUGCUACUGGUGUUGAUGUCCCAAGCCUUGCUGUAGGUGGGAGCUCUCCUGCGACGCUUCCUUUACCCUUGGCUGCCCUAGUAAGCCUCACAAUUACUUAUAAACUUGAUAAAGCCAGUGAACGCUUCCUCACAAUGAUAGGCCCAGCCUUGAAUUCCCUUGCAUCUGGUUGCCCCUGGCCAUGCAUGGCCAUCGUUGCCUCAUUAUGGGCCCAGAAGGUAAAGCGCUGGGGUGACUUCCUUGUGUUCUCAGCUUCUGGUACUGUUUUCUACCAUAACAGUGAUGCUGUGGUCCAGCUUAUUAAGGCCUGCUUCACAUCUACCCUUGGGCUAAAUUCCUCCCACAUUUGCAGCAAUGGUGGUGUAGGUGCCCUCCUUGGCCAUGGCUUUGGCUCCCACUUCUCAGGUGGGAUCUCUCCAGUUGCCCCUGGAAUUCUCUACUUAAGAGUGCAUCGGUCUAUCAGAGAUGUAAUGUUCAUGACAGAGGAAAUUGUCUCUAUUCUAAUUCUCUCUGUUAGAGAUAUUGCAAGUAGUGGGUUGCCUAAAGAUAAAGUGGAGAAAUUGAAGAAGACCAAGUAUGGGAUGAGAUAUGGGCAGGUUUCUCUUGCUGCAGCAAUGACACGUGUCAAACUUGCAGCUUCACUUGGGGCAUCAUUAGUUUGGAUAUCUGGUGGAUCAAGUUUGGUGCAAUCCUUGAUCAAAGAAACUCUUCCUUCUUGGUUUCUAUCAGUCCAUGGAUUAAGGCAGGAAGGUGGAGAAUCUGGAGGAAUGGUUGCGAUGCUAGGGGGUUAUGCGCUGGCAUACUUUGCUGUGCUUUGUGGUACAUUUGCUUGGGGAGUGGACUCAUCAUUGCCAGCAUCACACCGGCGGCCAAAGAUUCUUGGGGCCCACUUAGAAUUUCUUGCAAGUGCACUAGAUGGAAAAAUCUCUCUUGGUUGUGAUUGUGCCACUUGGCAGGCAUACGUGUCAGGAUUUGUGAGCUUGAUGGUUGGUUGCGCACCAAUGUGGUUGCUAGAGGUGAAUGUGGAUGUGUUAAAGAGGCUGAGCAAAGGAUUGAGGCAGUGGAGCGAGGAAGAAUUGGCUCUGGCCCUGCUGGGAAUUGGUGGGAUAGGUGCAAUGGGUGCAGCAGCUGAAUUGAUUAUUGAAACUGAGUUUUAAACUGAGUUUGGAAAAAUGCCUGAUUUACUUUUGUGUUUUAUAUCCUUGAUACUACAGGUAGAGGCAUUGUUUGUCCACUAGAAUACAUCAUCCAAUUAGUAUAGCUUUCUGUAGAAUCGUAGGUCAUGUAAAUUUUGAACAGGAUAUAUAGAAGAAUAGAUUUUGUGUUUCUGUACA